AUGCCACACACAGGAAGAUCUGGGCCAAAUUUUGAUGUAUUACAGAAUGCUUGUGUAGCAGCGGAAAACAGAGCAGACAACAUAGCUGAAGCUCAUGAGGGCGACCACGAGGCACCUUGGGCGUUGUCUGACGAAAUGAUGGACGCCAUGGAGAGGAAUGCGAUAGGGGCGUUGGGUAGAGGCGAGCCGGUGCUGAUGAGGGGCACUGAGAGGGAGGUCAAAGAAGCUCGGGGAGAUGAGGAUGUCAUUGUAGGCGCCGAUGGUGGUCGAGAUGACGUGCUAGCGCUGCUAGGCGCACGCGCGCCAGGUCCUGGGUGCGCUCAAGCGGCGUUGUGUGCAGCUAGGUUGUCAUCGUUGGGUGAGUUAGGUGUGGACACUGGGCAUGGAUCUUCUCAAGCAGAGAGUUCGCCGGGUAUUUUUGGUGGUGAUGGCUUCAGCAAAACAGCAAACGAUGUGGUUUGCUUAGGUGGAACUACAUAG